UUUCAGAGUGUGCAAUCCCGAGUGCAACACAAUACUACGAGAGCACAACAACAGUUGAGCCGAUUUUCCGCCACUUGUAGUCGCGCUCUCGUCCGGCGGCUCCGCUUGGACAGAGCUGUUUUUGUACUAAACAACGGACUGAAGAGAUGAGAUCGGAAAAUCCAUCGCCGGAUUUGCAUCCAGAAUUUGUCGAAUCAUUGCGAGUUCUCUUCGAUAUUCUGGAUACUUCACGCACUGGCAAGAUCAGAUAUGAAAACCUGUGCACGAGGUUUUCCGAGCUUCAUCACACUCUGCCACCGACUUUUCUCAGCUGCGUUGGAAAAGUCGCUCCUGCAAACGGGCUCAUCUCAUUCGAACGAUUCGUGACGGCUGUCAAAUUAUCGCUGAAAGACUCAUUUGAAAUCAACAAUAAUAGCUUAUAUCGCGUGCAAAGCGAGGGAAGGUUAAAUCAGAAUAAUUUUGACAAGCGAAGAAUGCAGGCUCCAGCCAUGGGCGUAAAUGGGCUGGAUCGACGCUCAAUGAUCUAUGGCAGUCAGCCAAGUUUAAGUGAUGGACGGUAUAGUCAAAAUCAUGGAUUGGAAAGAAAUUAUGCUGCUCCACCGUACGUGUCGUUGCCCGCAUGUGCGCCAUUGUAUGCACCGAUGUGCAAUUAUGCGAACGUAUACGAUGCUGGCGAGCCACAUGUCGCGAUGCGACCAAAAAAAGCGAACACAGUCCGAUCACAAAAAGAAGAAUCAAGAAUGAGACAUGCUGUUCCUCCGAGUAAUGUUGUGCCUAGAGUACCUGUAAAUCGUAGUCGACCUCAAAGUACAGCGUCAUACAAUAGUUUAGCCUCAUCUGGACUGGAAAAUAUCGCGUGGCGAAAUUCCAGUUUGUCAACAAGCACUUCCGAUUCGCAACGGAGGCACACCUUAUGCGAAGACGACACCGCCCCAAGAGUGGCAAGUUUUCACUCAUGUCUAUUUCUGUCUCUUACCUGGCACAAAGCCAAAAAAAUAAACGAACAUUUGACCAAUGUAACCAAUGCAACAAGCGAUUUAUUCUGUCAAUACACGCGUCAGGACCACACCGGAGUGCAACUUGAGAUCUCAUCGUCAAAGGGGGUACGACUGGUUUGUAGUAUAUUGCAGUGA